AUGUCGUCCACUGCCUCUCAGCGUUCCAGCACCUCCACCACGUCUUCAGGGCUCUCUGGACACGCUCCUCGGCAUCCGCUCACGCAUCCCAUUCAGGGUACGCGCGAAAGUCGCGCCAAAUCGACCUUGGGAGAGGCAACUACGUUGCUACCCUCGACUCAUCGUCCGGAACCGGUCCGAUUGUACGAGCCUCCGAUGAUGUCGUGUAGCGCUAGUGCUAGCACCAACGACGCCGCCCGCUCUCACAUAUCGGCCAGUGAAUUGGAGGCAAUCGCAAGCGCGACAGAGGAGGCACUCUCGCCACCAACCAGGCUCGACGAGGCUUCGAGAGAGCGACUGCAGCAAGCAGCAGCCUAUGCCAAUGUUGGUCAGACCUUGCCAAGCUCUUCGGUCGCUCCCGAAGUUGCCCCGCUCCCUCCUCAUGCGUCUUCUGGAACCGGCUUCUCUGCUGCCGCGGCAACAGGUGUCUCCGCUUUUGCGACGGCAGCAGGCGCUCCACCCGCGGACGCUCUGUCGGCUUACUCAGAGCGCCGGCCAGCAGAAACGUCCGUCAGCAACCAACUCCAAAUUCUCGAAGAUCCGCCACGAUUAUCCAUGUCUUCGGUUGAGAGCAGCGUCGCUAGCGAGAUAACGACACCUGAAGGGCCUAUCCCGAAGGCGUGGAGAGACGCAGGCCCCCCACCGGCCUUGGGAAGCGGAAUCGAGCAGGAAGGUCUCGCCGACGAGCUCGCACAGUCGAGCGUGAGCGAAAACGUCCUCGACGCUCGCAAAAAUGCGACGCUCCGUGCCCGACCCCCUGUCCAUCGGUUACCUAGCAGCUCGAACACAGACGACACAGCCCGAGCUUCGCCACCCGCGACGACUAGCUCGAGCUCCAGCGCCGUGCAGACUCCUGCGGCCCAAAGGCCCAACCCUCUUGAACGUGAACUUGGUCUAGAUUGGCGGCCCUCUCGCAGCCAUCGAGCAGAUCGGCGUUUGGAUUUUAGCCGUGAUGAGGUGUCUCAGGAGGAAGCGUCGGCCACGAGCGACAGCAACCAGCUGCGACGACCUUCGCAUCACAUGCCUGUCUUCAUGUCCGACGAGUCCGUGCCCACGAUGUCGAGUCGAAUCGACUCGACAAUGCAGCCGGGACACCUUUCACACAGGCCACAGAGCAGCGCAAGUGGACGUGAUCUGCCACAAGCACUAGCUUCGCCCCGGGGCCUCGCACACGCGGACCACGCAUCAGCCGCUGACCCGCUCGAGUUUGGAAAGGCGAGUCCAGACUCGUGGCGCAGUCUGCUGCCGGAGCACGAUCCCUUCUUCGUUGCGCCAGGGGCUUCCAGUGGCAGUCAAAGCCCCGGCGAGGCUGGUAGCACCUCCGGCCACUCAGUGGCUGGAGUCGGCAAAGAUGGGCAGAACCGCAAGCGCGAGUCUGUCAGCAGCAUCGCGGGCGCUGGCACCUUCGACUGGAGGCGAUUGUCCAGUGGCAGUCAAGCCAGCACGUUGAGCAGCUUUUCGCUUCCUGGUCCGACCGCUGCACAGCCAUUGGCGCCCAUGUCUCGUUUGCCAACCAGUCCAAGCUGGCCCGACCGAGACUCGUGGCGAUCUUUCUUGCCCGAGAAUGAUCCCAGAAGCUCACGGUCCUCUAUGCCCUCUGGAGCUGGAGCUUCGAAUCCCGACUCACCUGGCAUGCUCUCAAGCUCACCAGCUUCACCUGGGCUCAGUCCCAUCGCAGACUAUGGCAGUGGCGCGAGAGGUGCAUUUGGCUCGCUAGACAGCGUCGGUCCUGGCAUCGGUAUUCUCAACACAGAUGACCCGGCCGCGUUGGCGGCUGCCAAACGGCAUGCUAGUUUCUCGAUGUUCGAUCGUGACUCUCGCGAUGGUCUCAGAGGCGCACUUGCCCGGACUCAGAGCGGAAGCCAAAGUGCGGGUCGGCCCUCAGCGAUACUGCAAAGUCUGAAUCAGAACCGAAGUACCGGCCAUUUACCAAGAGAGGCUGGCUCCGGCGGCACUUUGCCCAGUCAUGCGCACUCGACGCACUUCCGAGCGCCUACAACAAGCUUGAAUCAAGCUGCUGUCGGGCUAGCUGCAGCUUUUCCGACUCCGUCUCCCGGCAAUGCAGCACCAGCACUCAGAUCCCAGCUGAGCGGUUCCGUAUCGACUCGAGCGUCCACAGGUAUGCAAGAUGCAGAGGAGCGCGAAAGCUGGCCUUGUAGCAGAAGCAAUUCUUCUUUACCGUCAACGGUUGCGAGGGAUGAAGCGACAUCCGUGUCCAGUCGUCAAGAUGAGGAAGGGUUCAUCACAACGACCACCACGACCAGGACGACCACAACAACUCGCUCGUUUCCCAUACCUCAAGGCACUAUCAGGACGAGACAUGCGUCUGCAUCAUCAUCUGCCACACCGAUGGGGCCAGCAUCGCUGAGCCAGAAGUUGGGAUCUAUUGUGGGUAGCAGCGCCAGCAAAAGCUCCGCUCCAUCUGCACCUGCACCAGUCAUGCACGGGGGUGAAUCACUGUCGCGAAGCAUGUCCCACAACGCCACGUCCCAAGCCUCGCCGUAUAGCGUCUCGCCGCUUUCGCCUCCCUCUCUACCGUUCUUGGAUCAUCGGCCUGCGCCACCGGAGACGCACCUGUCGAUAGAGACGUCCAAUGUCUGCUAUACGCUGAUCACAUCUCUGCCUGGCUUUAGCCUCGAUGCCAUUACGCUGGCAACGAAACACCAUAGGCAGCUGGUGAUUGUCGCGGAUAAAUGGGAUGAAGCGACGGGCGGCCACUUCGAACGUCGGGUGACUUUUGGUCACGACGCUGAUCUCAAACGCACUACGGCUAGCUUUGAUGGUAGUCAACUCAAAAUCGUAGUACCGAAGCGCGGCAUAGCACCGAGCGUACCUCAAGCUUCGCGCACCAGCCCGUCAGGCACAGCAACCCGAUCUACGAAGGAUCUGAGGCCUAGACUAGCCGAUGCGGCCCCAUGA